AUUGCUUUUUGCAGAGAGAGAAUGCAGUAGCGAAGAAGAAGAGGAAGGGCUGAAAGAAGACCUUUUUUUCUCCAUUUGGCGCCCAAAGAUUCGGAUUCCCACCUCUACCCUUCUUCCUUUCCUUAAAUUACCCCCCAAAUUCCUUCUCCGUCGUCGUCUCUUCCGAUUCCCCGCGACUCUUCCCUUUCACUUCCUUCAAGUUCCGGCGCUGUGUUAUUUUUUAUAUGUGAACUAUCAUUACGUCUCUCUGCAAUUUUACUUAAUUUGGAACAUUGUGGCUUAAAGUCAGCCGGAAGAUAUGGUUACCGACGAGCAGUUAUCGGCUAUUAAAGUAGUAUUCGAGUCUAAUGGAGUUAUUUUCUAGAGCUUAUGUUGCUAGUUGAUUGCGUUUUGGUGAAUUUUGGUGAGUUUUAGUUGUUUUGGGGUUUGAUGAAAAAAGGCGCUUUCUUUUUUAGGGUGCGAAAGUGCUAAUGGUGGGUGCCGGCGGUAUUGGAUGUGAGCUGCUCAAGACACUUGCUCUGUCUGGUUUUCAAGACAUUCACAUCAUUGACAUGGACACCAUUGAAGUGAGUAACCUGAACAGGCAAUUUUUAUUUCGGCAAUCACAUGUUGGGCAAUCUAAAGCCAAAGUUGCUCGUGAUGCGAUUUUAAAAGUUAGGCCUAAUAUUAACAUCACACCGUACCAUGCAAAUGUUAAGGAUCCGGAUUUCAAUGUUGAUUUUUUUAAGGAAUUCAGUGUUGUUCUAAAUGGGCUUGACAAUUUAGAUGCCAGACGGCAUGUAAAUCGUCUCUGCUUAGCUGCUGGUGUUCCCUUAGUUGAAAGCGGAACAACUGGAUUUCUGGGACAGGUAACUGUGCAUGUGAAAGGCAAAACUGAGUGUUAUGAAUGCCAGCCUAAACCAGCUCCGAAAACCUAUCCAGUCUGUACUAUCACAAGCACUCCAUCAAAGUUUGUUCACUGUAUUGUGUGGGCAAAGGACCUUCUAUUUGCUAAACUAUUUGGGGACAAGAAUCAGGAAAAUGAUCUGAACGUACGUUCUACAGAUUCAUCUGGCUCAUCCGAACAUGUAGAAGAUGUGUUUGAAUGGAAAAAGGAUGAAGAUAUUGAAGCCUAUGGGAAGAGAGUUUAUGAUCAUGUUUUUGGCUAUAAUAUUGAAGUAGCUUUGUCAAAUGAAGACUCAUGGAAAAACCGUAAUAAGCCAAGGCCUAUAUAUAUUAAAGAUGUUGCACUUACUGAAGUGACACAACAAAAUGGAGAUCCCGAUAAAACUUCUGUAUCUGGUGAUCCAUUGUCAGUAUCUGCAAUGACAAUCCUAGGUUUGAAAAAUCCUCAAGAUGUAUGGGGCCUAGCUGAAAAUUCAAAAGUGUUCCUCGAAGCUUUAAAACUAUUCUUCUUGAAAAGGGCGAAGGAGAUAGGAAACUUGAGCUUUGAUAAGGACGAUCAGUUGGCUGUAGAAUUUGUAACAGCUGCAGCAAAUAUUCGUGCAGCUUCGUUUGGAAUUCCAUUACAUAGCCUUUUCGAGGCAAAAGGUAUUGCCGGAAAUAUUGUGCACGCUGUUGCAACCACUAAUGCUAUCAUUGCUGGGUUGAUCGUGAUUGAGGCCAUCAAAGUGCUGCAAAAUAAUGAGAAAAAUUACAGAAUGACAUAUUGUCUUGAGCAUCCAGCGAGAAAGAUGCUUCUUAUGCCAGUUGAGCCUUUUGAGCCCAAUAAAUCAUGCUAUGUUUGUUCUGAGACUCCUUUGUGGCUAGAGAUCAAUACCAAGCGCUCAAAGUUGAGGGACCUAGUUGAAAAGAUAGUAAAAGCAAAACUUGGCAUGAAUCUGCCUUUGAUUAUGCAUGGAUCAGCCCUUCUUUAUGAGGUUGGUGACGAUCUUGAGGAGGAUAUGGUUGCCAAUUACACAGCUAAUCUUGAAAAGGUGCUCGCUGAACUACCUUCUCCUGUCACUGGUGGUACAAUUCUCACUGUUGAGGAUCUUCAACAAGAAUUAACAUGCAACAUUAAUAUCAAGCAUAGAGAGGAGUUUGAUGAGGAAAAAGAACCUGAUGGAAUGGUUUUAUCCGGAUGGACUCAACCUGUUGUUUCAAAGAAUGGCGACAUGUCGAAAGAGAACGGUGCUAGUACGUCAAACACAUCUCAAGCUGUUUCUGUGGAGGCUGAAGAAGACGAUGAUAUUGAAAUGCUUCCAGCAGUUGGUGCUCCAGCUGGGAAGAAAAGAAAAUUGUCUGAAGACUCAAAUUUUGCUGGUUCAGAUCUUCCUAGCGUUGUUGAUGAUAGUGAAGCUAUUGCAAUGCUCGAUGAAAAUGGGGAAAGGAAGAAAAAGAGGGUGCAAUAGUUAUCAUCAUCACAAUGGCUGGAUUUUUUCCAAUGACUUAUUUCUGUUUAACUUGACACCGUUUAGCUGAAGGGUAACUCUUUUACUGCCUGUAAAUCUACAACUCUCUUCCCGUCUUUUAGGAACUUCAAUUUUUGACCUGUGAUGAAGCACCAAUCAGAAGCAUAUGCUUUCUUACUUGAUGGUUUUUGGUGUCUUGUAGACAGUGUAAAAAGAACAGUUAACGUUGGUUUGGUAGGUUGUAGUUCAAACUAUCAUUGUUAUUCGUUUUGUUUGCUUUCUUUGUCUAUAACGAAGGUAAAAAAUAUAGAGGGGGACCAACAUAUGCAAAAAUAUAAGAGUGUAAACCUUCUAUCUCGUAAUGAAAUUAUGUUUAUUUUGCC